AUGGGUUCCACAUUCACCACUGGGGGCUUUGGAGCCCUGAAAGCCAAAUAUAACACGAACUACGCACCCGGGAAGGUUGGUAUUGUUAUGCCUGCCUUCGCAGCUGAGAUUUGCUGGUUUUCUAUGGACUUUCCAUCUAUCCAAUCUGCUAUUGAUUUAGUUCUGUCCCAGAACUGGUUCAUAGAUCCUCUUCGUCUUUCGUUUCGUGUCAACGGGGCUCCAGCAGCAAUCAACACUGACGUCAAACCUGGUGAUAUCAUCGAAAUUGAUGGUACAACAGUCCAUCCUUACUAUAGACGUAAGAUGGACAAAAUUAUCGAAAAGAGAAAAAGGGAGUUGGAGCCACCUAGCAGUGAUGAUGAAGAGCCCAUGUGCGAAUGGGACGAAGAUGGUCUCAGAGGACCCACUCCUCCAAACAGUGAUGGCGCGGAUGGUCCAUGGAGAGAACCAACCUACACAUUUAGACAAUAUCGAAAGAUGCGACGUGACGAGGCAAAAGCAAAGGGAAGAACAUCUCCACAUUUAGUUGAACUUUAUUUCAAGCCGAUGCCAUCCGAUCUUUUGAAACCGCGUACUCAUAGACCUCAAUUGCCCUUCGCAGAUCGUGUUGGUCCAAAGGUUUCUGAGAUGACGAGAGAUGAAAAGAAACGACUUGGCAUGCCACCAAAGUUUCCUCGACGCAAGGUCAAGCUUAGAUUCCAUCUUGUUGAUUUUGGCGAACGACCGAUCGAACUCAUGGCUACUAACUAUGAGCCACUUUAUAUUCACUUCAACAUUCUACGAAGACGUCUCAUCCGCUAUAAGCAUAUCGAUGCUGGAGAUGAGUUGGACUUCAUCUGGCCUCAUUUGAGAUGGGUUCCAUGUGGGAACACUAGAGUUCACAGCAUCCGAACUGACCCAACCAUCAAUACUUAUGCCUGCUUCGUUAGCAAGAGACGUACUGAGAUCGGAAAGCCCGGUAAGGACGAUGAUGACGACGGUAAAGGACACGAUGAGUCUGAUGAUACGGAAUCAGAAGACUCGUCACCUGAAACUGGGAAUCCAAAAACUGAACUCCCCAAAGCUCCUCCUCCUACUCUACUACCCGGAGGCUGGGAUCCUCCAAACAUGGAUGAAGAGAGUGAGAAGGAAGCUAAUAAGGAACUUUCAUCGCUCUGGGACAUUGGAACCUCUGCUACACAUGCCAAACUCAACGAUUCGAACCAUGACGUUCAAUCUCCAGGUAACUUGAUCGCUUUCUCUAACCCAGGGUCUCCCUGCCCUCCAACGGGAGCUGGAUCCGUCUCCGAGCUUUCCACCAUUGACCAUGGAAGCUCCAUGGAUAUCGAUAUCCCACCUUACAUCACUGAGGAUAACGAGGAAGGGGGUAAGAUCACCAUUCCCUACUGGUAG